CGGCUUUGAGCGGAUCGCGUUCGUUUGUAAUUUUUGCAUUAUUUUUGCAGUAAUUACAUUAUUCUUUUGAAUAUCGCCAUUCUUUUUGAAUUCAUGAGGAAAGUGGAAGAUUGAAGUGAAAAUGCAACCGACGAUGCUUCCGAAGCUGACGGAUACCACUCAGACUAUAACAUUCUCUGAAGGUGACGAAGGAUGUCACCACAUGACAGGCGAGGUGUACGCCUCAGAUGUGAUUGUGCGCACCAAUGCAGGUGCCCACAGCCAUGGGAGCUCCAAGGUGAAGUUGAAGAGCCUCGUCGACUACAACUGGGAGCCCCGUCUUUACUCCGGACAACUACUUGCUGUUCAUCUUACUGGGAAAUACUUGGCGUAUUGCAUUAAGGCUCCAAACCCAGUCAACCCAGGGACAUGGUGUGGCAUGGUGCGUGUGGUGUACAACCCUGAACCGGGGUCCGACCGCCGUGCUCUCAUCAAGGGAAUGAAGGGAGAGGUGCAAGACCUAGCAUUCGCCCACAUCCAAAGCCAAGUGGUGCUAGCCUGUAUUGAUGAACAAGGAAACUUCUACAUCCACGAAAUAGAAGUCACCGAUAGCGGACUUAGAUGUACCCUGAUAGCAGAAGUACGUGAAGACACGUGCGCCAGCUCGGUGACCACGUCGGGCUGCCACCGCGUGGUGUGGUGCCCCUAUAUACCAGACGAGGACGAUGCCCCCGACGACGAUGUGGCCAUGCUGCUUCUUACCACCCACGCACACGUUGCGCGCAUGUGGAACGUGCGUGCCGUGGCCCGCGCUGUGGCCACGAGCGAGUCCCGCGGCGUGGCGUCGGCGCUGCUGCCCGCCACGCGCGGGCUGGCCGCCGCCGAGCACGGCGCCGCCAUCGUCGACGCCGCCUUCUCGCCCGACGGCACCGCGCUCGCCACGGCCUCGCACGACGGAUACGUCAUGUUCUUCCAGGUCUACAUGGACAGCGAGGGCAGUCCUCGCUGCCUGCACAAAUGGCAGCCGCACGGAGGCAAGCCGCUCAGCUGCCUCUUCUUCCUCGACAACCACAAGAACUACAACACUGACGUGCAAUUCUGGAAGUUCGCGGUGACAGGCGCCGAGAACAACACGGUGAUCAAGAUCUGGUCGUGCAAGUCGUGGAGUUGCAUGCAGAGCAUCACGUUCUCCCCGUCGCUGGGCGUGGAACCGGCGCUGGGGCUCAAGGCCAUGCUGGACACCAGCGCCAGCUUCCUGCUGCUGUCGGACUUCCGAGCUCGCAGCCUGUACGUGCUCAACAUGGCGCGCGACAAGGACGAUACUGUGGCCUACUGCAGGAGCAUCUCCGAGUUCCUGCUGCCAUACCCCGUGCUCAGCUUCUCCAUCGUCGACGCUGGUCAGUGGCUCUCUGACGCAGAAAUCCCAACCCGCGAGUCGGCAUGCGAGUCUCCGUUCCGUCGCAACGGAUCCUCCGCGUCCUGCGAGGCCACCGACGACCCGCGCGAAGUGAGACUGCGGCUGUACAUCGUGCAACCCAAGGGGCUGCAAGAAGGAGAGCUGUUCUAUACGCCGCCCAGCGACGACGUCGCUGACUGCGAUGAGAACUCAAAACAGAACAUAUCGUUCCCGGACGUGUCGGAGCUAGCCUUGGAAGAGAAGUCCGAAGACGGGGUGUCAGGCGGGCUCGCGAGCAGCAUCCUACAACAACAGAGUCAACAACUAAAAAGCCUGCUGCUGCGCGCGCAGCCGGCCGCCAUGCUGGUGUCGGAGCCCGCGCUGCACACGACGCAUCAUCCGCUGAACCUCAUGACUCCGGACGCUUUCAGUUCCCCGGGGAAGCGCGAGGAGGAGGACCCGCCGCUGGCGUCCACGCCCGACGUGGACCACAAGGUGACCUCCGGGGGCUCCAGCCCCAGCCGCGAGGUGCAGCAGAUCAUGGCGCAUAACUCCGGGCUUUACAAAGAAGAUCUGGAAGAAGAAUCCAACCAGACACCAGUAGUCGAAGAGGACUCGUCAUCGGUAGUUCAAAACGGCACCGAACCAAUAUUCCCCAACAACGACAUAUUCGUCUCCCCGGAGAAACCGACAACAAAGUUACCCGAGACCACCUGGCCGCAGAUAUCUAUAGCUCAGAUCAACGAAGCCAAUCAACGGAAGGCUUCAAGCGACAAGUCCAGCAGUCAAUCGUUGAACAACUCCCUCAACGUUUCCACGGUUGAACGCGCCGGGAGCGAGGAGGCCAGAGUCAGCGGGCUGUCACCAGCAGACAAAACAAGACUGGAGUUACUGGAGCAUAAGUUGGACAAGCUUUGUGAUCUGGUGAUGCAGCAGAGCAGGGAGUUGAGGGCGUUGAGGGGCGAGAUGGCCAGCCCGCGGGAGAUGAUCGAUGAAGCGCUACACGCCCACUCGCAGAGGACCACGGCGGCCAUUGAAAGCGCUUUGGCUGAUGGCUGGGAACGCAUCUCUCGCGUGGGGGAGACGGCCAGCUCCCGCGCGGCUCAUGCAGCAGGCGUCGGCGCGGCGCGGGCCUUGGAGCCCCUGGCCGCAGCCUUGCAGCACGAGCUAGCUGCCAAGUUGACCGCCACCGACCACCUACUGCGGGACAACAUCGACAAGCUGGCCAACAGCAAGACGAUAAUGGAGCGGCUGUCAUCGUCCAUCGCCAAGUCUCUGUCGGACAUGGUCCGCGAGUCCUUCCGCGGCGCGCUGUUCGAGAGCGUGGUGCCCGUCAUGGAGAAGGCGCACGCGCAGAUCUUCCGGCAGAUCAACCACGCCUUCCAGACCGGCACCAAGGAGUUCGCGGCCAACACGGAGGCAGCAGCCCGCGCGGCGGCGGAGCGCGGCGGCGCGGCCGCCACGGCGGGGCUGCGCGCCGCGCUGGAGCGCCACGCCGACGCGCUGCAGGCCGCGCAGCCGCCGCACGCGCUGCUGGCCGCCACGCUCAAGGACGUGGCGCACGGUGUGCUGGAGAAGGAGCUGCAGUGGUGGCGCGAGCAGGCGCGCGCGGCCGCUAUACAGGCGUCGCGUGCGCACUCGCCCGCCACGCCCGCCGCUAGCCACGUGUCCGCCCUCGACAGACAGAUGCAAGUAGCGCAGAUCCAGUCGCUGAUAUCGGGCGGGGACUACAACGGCGCCUUCCAACUGGCGCUGUCGGCGUCGGACCUGGCCCUGGUGGUGUCGGCGUGCCGCGCCGCCGACCCCGGCGCCGUGUUCGGCCCGCCGUGCCAGCUGAAGCAACACGUGCUGCUGUCGCUGGUGCAGCAGCUGGCUGCUGAUAUGGCUCGCGACACGCCUCUCAAGCAUAGAUACUUAGAGGAAGCAAUAAUGAACUUGGACACGUCGAACCCGGUGACAAGAGAGCACCUGCCAACGGUGGUCCGCGAGCUCCAGAAGCAGAUCCUGUCGUUCGUGUCGUCGUCCCCCGGGCACGCGCUGGCGCGCCAGUUCCGCAUGCUGCUCAUGGCCACGGAGUCGCUGGUCAAGGCCUCCGUCUGACGACGGCCGCCGCUGCUGCACUGAUCGCACGCGCGCGACCUGACGAGAGUCCACAAGCAAACAAACGUGAACUAUUACGUACAUAACACACAGUACAUUGUGAUCGACCGGUCCGAUUUGCCGAUGUAAGUUUUUAGAAAAAUGUAUAUAUAGUUAUAAAUAUAAAGACUCAAAAUUCCAAACUGACGCAAUAAUUAAUGUACAUAUGAAGAAACUUACUUCAAUUACCUUGCUCAGGUGAUCAAUGUCAAUUUUAAAUAUCAUACAUAAACACACAUUUAUCGUUUUUUCGUUUCAAAAACAGCAUUUUUCACCAGCUUCAUAUUUAGUUGAAAUUUGUUUUGAUUUGAUUUAAAUUGAUAGAAAAUAUAAUUUACGACUUUUAGGACGAAAUUACUCCCAUCAUGAUACUAGACCAGUUUACUCCGAAUGAAGUACAUUCGAGUAAACUGGUUCAGUCUCAUGAAAACAUUGAGGCGAGUAGACUACAUUUUUUUUUAUAAAUGAUGGAAACUCGCCCGCAGGCCAGUUAGCGGGGGAUUUUCCACGUAACCCCAAAAAAACUACAAUAAUACUUGAAAACACAUACAAAACGGAGAAUAACUCAAAUCAUUGUUGAUUUUCAAUAUUUGUGACAAAGACAUUACACUAUACAGCCUGAGGUGUUAAGACCCAAAGUCAUUUUAAAAACCAAACCCUACUAACUAUUGUGCCUGGAAAUCUGGUCAGUAGAAGGCUAAUCAAAAGUGUAAAUAAAGACUUAUUAGUGACACCAGUGUUGCAAACUCAUAAAAUUCACGCGACUUGACAUUAACUAGUGUUUAGUAUAAAAAAGUGAUUAAGUGAAAGUGAUAAAAAUAACGAUUUUACUACUUUUCUACGGAGGUGGUUGUGGUAAAGUUGUCUAUAAGUUACAUGUCUUAUAACAAAUAAGGCUAGAAGUUAUACGUAACUUGAAUAAUGUAGAUAUUUCUUCGUGUAAAAUUGUUUUUGUAACGCUAUUAGUUAGUAUUUCGACUACCGUCAUAUGUGGUUAGCAAUGCCCCUAAUGGGGUAUUUAACCCAAUUUGCCCCAGAAUACCCUUUGGUUGGUAUCAAUGGGGAUUUUCGGCAAUGAAUCAUCUCUAUUAGCUAUUAGUAAUUCACUCAUAUACUAUUGUACUUUAAAAUAUAUUUAGUUUAUCUCCUCAUUCUCAUUUUGACAUUUUUUUUUUUUUUUUAAAUGGUGGUUUCUUAUUCCAGCAUUGUUUAUAGACUCUUAAGUGCUGGCAAUGAAAGUGAUAUUUUAUCUUAUAAUUAAUAUGUUAAUAUUAUUAAUUUGUUUGCGAUAUUGACACUGAUUAGUUAAAUUUACUACUUGCUUGAAUAUACAACGCAAGUUGAAAGUCAGUGCUCAAUAUCAAUGUACAGCCACGAGCAUUAAUAUGUAUACACUUCGGUACCAUGACGUAGUUGACUUUGCUAACCAUAGAUUCACUACUACUGUAGAUUGAACAUCAGCGCUCAAAAAGUGGGACGCAAAGUUACUGUUAAUAUAGCGACGUUGACAGUACUUUACCUCAGUGCGCGAUUAGGCGCCGAACAGUCAACACGGGGAAACGCGUGGUAAAAACUUGCUAAAAUAGAAGCUCAAAGCGAAAAAAGAAGGAUGGAACAUCAUAUUUCUCUAGCAAUAUCAAGUACCCACUUUAGAACUAUGUCGCUUUAUCAUAUUUGACAUUUAAUGAGACUUGCGGUUUAAUUUGUGAAAAAAGUUAAUGUGACAUGAUUUCAAAGUAUUAACAUAUUAGUACUCGUGACCGUACAUGAGUGUUCAUGACUGUACGUAUAUUAUGUAAAUGGCAAUAGUGCUGAAUCCUGUAGACACUAUCUAAUUUUAUUUCAAGUUAUACCUGUCAUUUUCUUAUCCGCCAAAAAGGAAAGGGACGGGUAAUCGACAGGCAUGAAAUGUAUGAAACACACGUCAAUUUUAGGCAGGAUAUUUAAUUUAAAACCCUCCCAAAUUUUGUAUUGGCGGAUUUAAGACAGAAUUAAGUUGACAGCACACGUCAAACGGGUUACAUACCCGCGAGAUGCCUAUUUUAUUCGCUUGGGAUAUCCAUAACAUACAUAACAUAAACAGCCUAUAUAAUUAUGUCCCACUGCUGGGCACAGGCCUCCCCUCAAUCGACCGGAGGGGGUAUGGAGCUUACACCACGCUUCUCCAAAGCGGGUUGGUGGAGGUGUUUUUAUGUUUUUAUAUUCCCGGGAUAUUCAUUUUAAAAUUAACAGUUGUCAAUCAUCCGUCUCUUUCCUUUUCGGCAGAUACGAAAAUGACGGGUAUAACUUAAAAUAAAAUUAGGAGGUGUCUGCAGAAAUUGGGGCCAUUCUUAAUAUAAAAUCUCUUACUCUCCAUGUUUAUUUGUUUAUUCCUAGUAACAGAUGAGAUGAUACACUGGCAAGAUUGUAAAUGAGCAUUAUGGUGUUAGAGACGGCGCUACUAAUGACUAGAUAGAUAGGACUAUAGUCCUACCCCACUGCCAGUACGCUGUCUAAUUCAAUGUAUAAAAAGUUAGGAUUUAGGCUAUGGUCAGAGUAGAUAAUCCGCGGCGUAGAAGUUGAACAAAUAUGGCGGCCGUCCGCGCAGGUAGCGUCCAUGGUUGUCAUGGUUACGCGCUGCCUUUCGCGUCCCUCAGUCACUGCGAUUCAACGUCAUGUACGGUCACGAGCAUUAAUAUGUAUACACUUUGGUACCAUGUCACAUUAACUUUUUUGACAAAUUGAACUGUAGGUCUCACUAAAUGUCAAAUAUGUUAGUGCGACAGAGUCCUAAAGUGGGUACAUUAUAUUGCUCAUGACUGUACUAGGUUCAAGAUAAAUUAUGAAAUUCUAAUUAAAUAAAGACAAAUCUAAAACUAACGAAAAACAUUUUCUUUUUUUCUAUAUAACUUAUUUAUCAAUUUUAAUCGAGAAAAACGUCGACUUUUAUCACGUUUUCUAUGACGUCCCAGUGUUCUUUUUCAUACAAAUUCCAAAAUAAUUUAGUUUUUUGAUGUUUAGUAAGAAAAGUAACAGAUUUAAAUAGUUGGAAACUAGCCUAUUGUUCAACUUAUACCACACACCGGACACUCCAUACAAAACUCUCAUUCUCACCGUGUGCCGCCUAACGCGUAAGUACGAGCGAGACAGAUGUCCUCGCUCCCCCUUACUCCUUAGAGACUUUCGACCACAUAAGACUAAAGUAAAACCCAGAGCGGGUGACGUAAAUCUAGCUACGAAUUAGUGCGAGGCGGAGAAUGACCGUUUUACACGCAGUAUUAUUCUUUAUUAUAUGCUUAUUCGCCGCGGAUAUAAGUCUUUUUAGUAAUUAUGAGUUCGUCAUUAUUUUAAAUAAAUUGCAAUAUGGGGCCUACUCUUAGACUAAUUUUCUUAAAUUUUAUACAUUGAAUUAGGAGAUUAGUUUUAAUAGCAAUUUUCACAUCCUAAACAGAUAUCUACACAUUACUAACAUUGUAACGUUAGAUUCUUUUAGGACCCUGUCGCAUCAACACAUUUGACUUUGUGUGAGAUUUUGUUUUAAUUGUUCAAAUAAGUGAAUGCGACAUGGUUCUACUUAUUAUUUUUCGUGACCGAGUUGGGCUCAUGCUGAAUGAUAUCUGUAUUAUAUACAACUAUGUUUUUUGUUCCAUUAUUAUUUUGAAGAAAUACAUUAUCUUCUCCUUUAUAAUAUAAGUAAGAUUUAGAUAUAAGAGAAUAGCUAGUAUAUGCGACUGCUAUUAAAUACUAAUGUACAAAUUGACAUUUUGAUCUACUCGAUUUACGAUAACGAAAAUUCAUUGUUUGAUUCCUAUAUUUUUUAAUUAUGUUUUCUUUUUUUUUGUCGUACGGUGUUUUAUCUUGGGACUUUAUUGCGGUACUCGUUUUAAGCAAAACAGGAUACAUCUAUUUUGGAUCUUGUUUCAAUAGAAAUAAGCUAAAAUGUAACGGAAACCACCUGUCUCACCGAGGUGUGCCUUACGGGGAAGGUAGCACCACAAGUCAAAGAGAGACUUCAUGUCGAAGUCCUAAGGUGGAUGUGAUGAACAGAGCGUCCCUACGUCCUAAGUAAAACAGAGCGCCACUCGCCAUAUUAGAAAGGUUGCCGCCGUACAGUCAUGAGCAAUAUCAUGUACCCACUUUAGAACCCUGUCGCACUAUCAUAUUUGACAUUCAAUGAGAUUUACUGUUUAAUUUGUCAAAAAAGUUAAUGUGACAUGGUUUCAAAGUGUAUACAUAUUAGUGCUCGUGACCGUAUAUGUAACAGUUUCUAUUUUGACAGGUAGAAUCCUGUCCUGUGAUUGGCUAAAAUGGUUAGAAUGAAGAGAAAUCUACCUAUUUCUCUCAUCAGUUGUCGCUAAUGUUGCGUGUUUUUAAAUUUUGACAGUUCCCCAUAUAUUUUUUUUGUUUUGCUUAUAUUUUCGUUUCAUGCGGAAAGCCACGGGAGCUCCGUGGUUCCUUCGCAAUGAAAAUCUGCACAUUGACCUAGGUCUGCCAACCAUUGCCCAAUGGCUCAAAUUAGCUUCCAAACGUUUUUUCGAUUCUGCUCCGCACCACCCAAAUCCCCUGGUAGUUGCGGCUUCCGAGUACAUUCCGCUUAGGGACGGUACUGAAAAGUAUCGGCGCCCGAAGGACGUAAUAUACGAUCCCGACGACCCGAUUACUCUAGCCAUAGAGGCAGCCAAUCAGCUCGCGACACCAAACACUUCAGGACCCCGAUACCGACCCCGCCGGCGUGGUCGACGAUUUCCCUCAUUCAGCGCUUAUCGCUAUCGACCCACUAGGGUCGAUUAAUUCUUUCAAAUAUUUUUCCUCUCAGACGACGCCCUGAGCCGAGGUUCGCGCCCAACUGGGCACCCUCAGGCCUGUUGUCUUAAACGUUGUACCGGGUGAGAGCCUUCAGCGCUCCCCAUUUGUCCGGCCAAGUAGUUAAUGCCAUCUGCGGCAAAUCUACAAUAAGUCACGUCAAAAAAAAAAAAAAAAAAAGCUUAUAUUUUCACACUACAACCCUUUGUGCAGCAUUUAACUGCAAAAUCAUAGUGUUAUAUUUCUUCCCUAGAGAUCAGACAGAAGUUAUUUUUGUAACUCAUCAUUCAGAUGAGAUACACUCCACGUUGCUCCACAUGUUAUAGCAAUUCAUCACGAAUCUGAGCUGGAUAGUAUGGAGAACUGUCAAAAUUUAGGAACACUCAACAGUGCUGCCGCCUACAUUUGGGAUCGGCAAACGCGCGAUACUGAAACGAAAAGUGUGUCGUGCAAUUAUUUUGGUAGGUUCUAAAAAUACACGUGAUAAAGGAUUGGGGGGGUAGUCUUGAAUCUCACCAUGUAUCACCAAGGGUGAGGGGGGGGUUAAAAAAUGCCGAAAAAAACAUCACAUGAUUAAUGGACGGCCCCUUUGAGCUUCUACCACCUUACAAAUAAAAAAUAAACCAGGGAUGAACGUGGAUUUAAGUAUUUGACAGCCAAAGUUCAGUCGAAUUGUAUGAUAAUUGGAUUAAAUUUUGCUUGGCUGUCAAAUACUUAAACCCACGUCCAUCCCUGGUUUAUUCUUCAUUUGUAUGGUGGCUAGUGUUUAUCCUCAUUGACACGAGUUGAUACUUUGAAUCAAUCGCAGGAUAGGAUUUCUAUGUGUCAAAACAAAUGCUGAGCUACGUGUAGCUCAGCCUAAUCGUGAUUAGGCUUCAGUUUUACUGCGGGUAGUUUUUAUAUACAUUUUGAAGACUAUUGAAACUAGCGUCGUCGAGCUAUCGAUAAUUCAGUCCCACGGUACAACAUGAUUUGAGGAUGUGCGUUGUCUGUACUCUUUAGCCAUAUUCACUGCCAUGCUUCAUUGUAUUUUCUCGUCUUUCGUUUAAUUCCAAUUAGUAGUAAGUUGACCUAAACACGUUUAACACUCCACUUAUCUUUAUAUAAAGAACAUUGAUUGCGCGUCUACUUUAGCGUACGGAGCAUCGUCAUAUAGAACGGCAACUCUCCGCUCCCCACCAGUGGCUGAGCUAGGUUUACUUUAGUCUUCAAUCGCCUUCAGUCAAAACGUCACACACACAGAUGCGCGUGGUGUGCGUCAAGCUAGCGGCCUCAAAAAAAAAUGGGCACGAAAAAAUAAUUUCAACAACAAAUGUAUGACAUAGGUUAUAAUGACUUUUUGACAUAUUUCUACAAAGAGAAUCAGGUCCAAAUUAUGAUGGUAGGGAGUACUAUUUCGUACGAGUUUAUUGACAUUAGUUACAAACUGAAGUAUGCAAGCGUUCCCUAGAUAAUAGGUAUUUUCAAAAUGUCAAGCCAGCGGGAUCAAAGAACUGCCUUUAUAACUUUGGAACCGUUGAAGUACUAAUUUCGGUAUUUUGCAGGGGGUGAGUACUAUUUCGGUAGUAUUUUUUGGCGUUUAAAUCAAAGCGAAAGACCUUGUCGUUAACUCUCGCCAAAUUUCACUCACCGUCAAGCUAGCAAGUGCAAUAAAACAUGGCUAUAAAUCCAGAACCGUAAUGGUACUAAUUUUUUUACAACAGGUACUAUUUUUUUCAAUAAGAGUACUAUUUUUUGGUAUGGUCAAAUUAUUUUUUCGUGCCCUUUUUUUUUGAGGCCGCUAGCUUGACGCACACAUGCGCGUGUACGAUAACGUCAAUGUGUAGUGUCUGUGUAAAACUAGGUGCUUUUGUAUGAAGAGACCGGGGUGUUGGUAAAAACACCUCCACCAACCCGCAGUGGGCAGCGUGGUGGAGUAUGCUCCAUACCCCGUCCAGUUGAUUAAAGGGAGGCUUGUUCCCAGCAGUGGGAUGUACAUAGGCUGUUUAUCUUAUGACCGGAGUGAGCCAUCGCUUACAAAUUACUGAUUUGCCAUACCAAUGUCUGGCGCAGAUUGUAUAUAAUAAUCUAUACAAAGCAAGAAAGCGUAAGCCCUGGCCGGGAGCGGAUUUAUGUGGGAACAUAACAGCAUCACGCCUGUAUUGCUAAAGGGUUAGGCAGAUAUACAGGGUGUAAGUGACAUCGUAACGAAUACCGAGGGAGAUGAUUCAGACCAUGUUUCUGAGUUGAUAUCCGAAAAUUCCACUUGAUAUCAACUCAGAAUCAUGGUCUGAAUCAUCCCUUAAAGUUUUCGUUACGAUGUCACUAACACCCUGUAUAUACGCCCACUUCUCGCCAGCUAUAUUAAGUGUACUGCUCCUAUUCUGCUCAAAUAGGCGCGCAAGUGUAAAAUAUACCGGUAUAUUUCUAUCAAUCUGCAUUGUCUGUGCCAAAGCAAACAAUAAAAUAUAUCUCAUAUCCAAAACCAUUGUCAUUGUUAACUGUAAAUGCCUGAAGUUAAUAGAAAAUAAUACGUUUUAGUUUACUAUUGACGAAAAUUCUUAAGUUGAUUUUUGUUUCCGACAUGUAUUGACGACGAUGGAAUAUUCGAGAAUAACACAUUUUUGGUUUAUCUACGACACAGGCCCUGCCUAUCGGGGUAAGUUAAUGUAUCUCUACCUCAUCUCUUGGUGUCUCAUUUUAUCUGCGCGCGCACCUUACUCCUCUAAAGCUUACGGCCUUUUAGACUAAAGCAAGGAAAAAUACAAAGUAUAGAACGUCAACUUUCCGCUCCCCACCAGCGGCUUAGCUAGGUUUACCCCGAUCCCCCCUCCCCCCUCGGUCUUACUUUAGUCUUCAAUCGCGUGGGUGUCACAGUCAAUGUGUAAUAUCUAUGUAAAAUGACGUGUUUUUGUAUGAAGUGUCCGGGGUGUGACUACAGUAAGUAAUAACUGUGGCUAAAGUAAAGAAGACGUAGGAUCUCAGCUUCGAGACUGCCCUCAAGGUCAUGUAAAUGUGAUAGUUCUUAUAUAAAAACAUAGACCUGAGCAUGAUCUUGAGGGCAGUCUCAGCUGGGAUUCGUUUAUUAAUACCACCCCUAGAGUGGGUGAGGCGCCCGACAAGAAUUGGUGCGCGGCGAAGUUGCCGUUCUGUACGUAGUAUUAUUCUUUAGUCUAUGUCCAUACUUAAACGUUGACCACGACAGGCAAAACUCGCGGCCGUAACUCUUAUGGGGUUGAUUAGUUCAAUAAAGUUGAGCCACUAUUCACCAGAGAAUCACUCGCAGAUUAAAUCAAUAGGUUUAUUUUGUCGUCGUCAAAAAGUGUUAUCUAAACGAGGAUUAUUGUUAUUAAAAUUAAUUAUAAAAAGCACUGGUGCCGAUUCUGCCAGUUAUAUUUUUUUUAAACUUGUUUUUCGCCAUGGGGAAAGGCAAAGGCUAAGCCGUGCAGCCUACUGGCCGUUUUUUUUUUUUAAGUUUGACAGCUCCUAAAAUAUUGUCCUUAGAGUACAUGUCCUAAAGACAAACAUAGAGCUACUUUUAGGGCUGUCAAAAUAAAAAAGUUUUCUAAUUCGGCACCAAUGUUCAAUUGUGUUUAUUUUUCUUUUUACGUUAUUUCAACUUUUUAAUUAUAAUGUACGGACACAUGCUCAUAAUAAUGUGACGUCCAUUGAAAUGAUUAUUAAGUUCGAAUUUUUCAAAUGGUACUCCUUUAAUGUUAAACUGAUCAAAGUAUUUAAGGAUUCGUAAUAAAAACUGUUUGAAAUUAA